AUGCCUCGCGAGAACUCGUUCAGCGACGAGGGCGCGUCUCUCACCUCGGAAGAUGAGGACUACCCCGCGGCCGUAUCGCCCACCUACGACGGCGAGCCGCGCAGCUUCGCGCGAGGGGCGGCCCCGCAGGCGGGCGCUGCCCUCCCCCUCCGCUCCCCCUCUAAGUACACGGUCAAAUCUUCACCCAGCAGCCGGCGCGCGCCCUUGCGCCCAAUUCAGCGCUUUCGGGCGGCGGCGCGCAAGGUGAUCGCUAUGCACCGAGGGACGAACAUGAUUCGCGGGCGCGGGGUGGGCAGCGAGCCCGGUAUCGACCCCCGGCGUGCGACGGCGGACGUGCAGUACGGGGGGAUCCACCAGGACUGCGUGAUCGAGCUGUUCGACUACUCGGGGUGGUCGCUGAGCGCGGGACGCAUGACGAACAAGGAGUUCGUGGACCUUAUGGGGGACGAGCAGGCCAGCGAGCGCGAUGCGUGGGUCAAGGUGCGGUGGAUAAACAUUAGCGGGAUUAGCUGGGAUGUGAUCAAGGCCGUGUCGCUAGCUUAUGAGUUGCAUCCCCUUGCGCUGGAGGAUGUACUGCAUCAACGCAGCGGGAACCGCUCCAAGGCCGACUACUACUCUCGUCACCUAUUCAUCCGUAUCCUCUGUCAUGAGCUCGGUAACGAGGACGACCCUAUCGACCCGACCGCGACACCUGCAUACGGCAGCACUCUCAGGAGAUGCGAAUCACCCGUGCAGGUGGACGACGUCCGAGAGUCGUACGAGAUGGUCCGGAAAAGUGCAAGCGACGACUCUGAGGAGAAGACGGUGUAUGGCUCAGCACCGCAGACGAUCACCCGCCGGCGGAGAGCGUGGCGCCGGGGUGCGGUGGCGGCCGACGAUAUUGAGUCGAAGCCUAAGGUACCCAUGUCCCGGCCAUUGCUCAGGCCCGUCGCUUCGACGCGGGAAGUCCUAGAAGAUAUGGAUCGCAAGAGGCGCAACGAGGAGGACGUGACCGUCGAGGCGCUCAAGCGCGACGGGCGCGUACCCGUUCGGGUGUCGCCCUUCUACAUCUUCCUCCUCCGUGACGGCACCGUCAUCUCCAUCUCCGCCUCCCCAUCGGGGCAAGCCCUGACCGCCCCCAUCGCCGCGCGCCUCCGCGAGCGCGAUACCCUGCUGCGCAAGUCCGCCGACCCUUCCUUGCUUGUCCAGAGCUUACUCGACCUGCUCGUCGACAAGGGCCUGGAGGUCAUCGACGCGUUUCACGACCGAAUCACGCAGUUCGAGCGGGAGGUGCUGCUCAAGCCGAAGAUGCGGACCGUGCGGAAUCUGCACAUCAUCUCGGGCGACCUUAUUUUGCACAAGCGGACGCUGGAGCCAAUCAAGACGGUCAUUUAUGGGUUGAGGAGGUAUGACCUAGAUCGGUGCCUGGCGAUUGUGGAUCCGGAAGAGUUAGAGACGAAGAAGGUGACAGGGUUCAUGAGCCAUAAGAGCAAGAUCUACUUGGCGGAUGUGUACGACCACAUGGACUACAUUCUGUCGAGCUUGGAUAUGUUCGCGAAUAUCACGGAAAACCUCAUCGACUACACUUUCAACAUGACGUCGUAUGAGAUGAACGAGAUCAUGCGUCGUCUAACGCUAGCCACGAUCAUCUUCUUGCCUAUGACGCUCUUGACUGGCUACUUCGGAAUGAACUUCACCGAGUUCUGGAGCGUCAACAACAACUCGGACGUGUUCUUCUGGGAGCUGGCAAUCCCCAUCAUCGUCGCCGUCACUGCCGUCUUCAUGUGGGGUGACUUCGUCCGCAUAUUCCACUAUCUGCAGAAGAGGUGGAUUGCGCGGAAUGCAGUCAAGGGCUGGGGUAUCUGGAUGCUUGUAUCUGGCCGCUCGUGUUGA